UCGCAGGCCUGUGUCAGAGUUUGGCAUGGGGUUACUGUGCCAGCCUUGCCCCUACCAGGCGCUCUAGAUGAUGAUUCCCCAACAUGACAGAGAGGCAGUGAGGCUCGGCUAGCCCCCACCCGACCCGACGAUACUCUCAACACUCCCUUGUUCUACCCUAACUGCUGACCCCCACAUCCUGCCCCACCAUGCUGCGUUUCCUGCCUCUGAAGCUGGGUCGCCUCUACCGCUGUCUGAAGCUUCUGCUGGUGGUGGGCCUGUUUGUUAUCCUCCUGAUGAACACUCACAACCUGUUCGCCUCCUUCCAGAAGAACGAGCUGACGGACCGCCGCUUCAUCAACCUCAACAAGUGCCCCGCCUGCUUCGGCACCAGCUGGUGCAGGAAGUUCAUGAACGGCCAGGUGACCUUUGAGACCUGGGGACGCCUGCGCUUCCUGGAUGUCUUCAACGUCAAGAACGUGUACUUCGCCCAGUACGGAGAGCCGCGCGAGGCGAGGCGCGUGGUGCUCAAACGCCUGGUCCAAUCAGAGCUGGCGGACAUCGACCAGAAGAUCUGUAAGAGAGCUACUGGCCGUCCGCGCUGCGACCUCAUCCAGGCCAUGUACAAGACUGAGUUCGCCAGGCUGAAUGGGGACGUGAGGCUGCUGACCCCUGAGGUGGUAGAGGGCUGGUCUGACCUGGUGCACUGCCCCUCCCAGAGGCUGCUGGACAGGGUGGUGCGACGUUAUGCCGAAACCAAAGACUCUGGCAGCUUCCUGCUGAAGAACCUGAAGGACACCGAGAGGAUGCAGUUACUAAUGACCCUGGCCUUCAACCCCGAGCCCCUCCUACUACAG